AAAAUCAAAAAACAUAUACGUAGAAAUCCUCUUGAUAAAGCAGAUACUCUUACUUCACGUAUCGCUGAGGCCAUCGCUACAGUCACUACAGAAGACUGUAAGGGAUGGGUACGACAUGUUGAAACUUAUUGGGAUAGAUGUCUCGAUACAGUGAAUUGCGUUUGA